GGGUUUAUAGUGACAUGACAUUUAGAAGGUAUAGGCAGGAAUUUGCUGGGAAAUUUCCCAGCUGAAGAGUACUUUAAAUGCAAUGUGAACCUGCUUCCACCAGUAACUCUUGCUGAGCAGUUUCAGGAAGGUCAAUCGCAGUGGAGGUCUCCAAAGACUCUUAAUGGCGUCGAAUGGUGCAAAACAGCCCUUGAUGUCUGGAUUAGUGAAUCCUAAACUUCAAACAAAUAAUGCACGUGCUCCUAACAGAAGAAAAUUUCUCAAUUUUAAAAGUGAUCCUCUGGCAAAGUUUGUUUCUUCAGAAUUUGGCGGCAAACUUCCAAGUGCUGAAUCCAUUUUUGGGAAACUGCACACCAGUUUCACGGAAGUGGCUGUGUUCUUGGCGGUCUAUUUGGGUGUUGGCACCUUAUGCUUUUACUUUGUCGUGGAUGACCUCAAGGGGAAGAAAACAAGUCCAAUUCUUGAUGCCUUAUAUUUCUGUGUUGUGACAAUGACCACUGUUGGAUAUGGAGACCUAACGCCUGAUACUACCCUUGUAAAGAUACUUGUCUGUGUUUUUGUCUUCACAGGGAUGGCAGUUGUGGGAUUAAUAAUGAACAAAGUUGCAGAUUACUUGGCAGAGAAGCAGGAAAUGAUGCUGGAGAAAGCUCUAAAUAAGCAUAAAAAAAAUGAUCCAUCUAAAAUCAAAGAGGAGACAGAAUUCAACAAACCGAUGUUCAAGUGCCUUAUGGCCAUGGCCGUUCUUUCAGUGCUUAUGAUGAUUGGAACCAUAUUCUUAUUUGCAGUUGAGGAUUUGAACAUCAUUGAUGCCUUAUUUUGUGUCUGUUCAACUGUCUCGACCCUAGGCUUUGGAGAUAAGAGCUUCUCAACUGCAGGUGGGCGUGCUUUUGGUAUAUUUUGGAUACUGAGCAGUACUCUUGGUAUGGGCCAGUUUUAUCUCUACGUUGCCGAGCUAUUCACUGAAAGCAGACAAAAGGCACUGGUUAAUUGGAUUCUUACCUGGAGGAUGACCAAUCUUGAUCUGGAGACUGACAAAAUUGACAAUGACAGAGUGUCUGCUGAGUUCAUCAUAUCGAAGCUUAAAGAGAAGGGGAAGAUUGGGCAAGGAGAUAUCUCUGUUGCAAUGAAAGAAUUUGAAGUUCUUGACGUUGGUAAAACUGGAAUGUUAUCAGUAUCUGAUUUAGUGCGUGCUAAAACAACUCAGAAGAAGUUGUGAUCUGAGGCAUCAAGAAGUGGUUAUUGGCUUUGCACAAUAUUUAUAUAAAAUUUAUGUGGCGUAAUGUAGCAUAGUAGGGCUAUUUUCUCAGUCUGUGUUCACCAAGUGAUAAAGAGUAGUGUUGUCAAUCCCUUAUCAGGGGCUGCAGUGCUUUUCUAUAA